AUGGACGGCGGAGGCGAGAGCACCAAGUAUCGCGGCGUGCGGCGUCGCCCGUCCGGCAAGUUUGCGGCGGAGAUACGAGACUCCAGCCGGCAGAGCGUCCGCGUCUGGCUCGGCACCUACGACACGGCGGAGGAGGCCGCGCGGGCCUACGACCGCUCCGCCUACGCCAUGCGCGGCCACCUCGCUGUGCUCAACUUCCCCGCCGAGGCACGCAACUACGUCCGCGGUGGCUCGUCGUCGUCCAGGCAGCAGGUGAUCGAGCUGGAGUGCCUGGAUGACGAGGUGCUGCAGGAUAUGCUCAAAGGAGACGAUCCGCACAGAUCAGGUGGAAAGAAGAAUUAA